AGCUUCAAUUACACUCCUCUCUUCUAUCUGAGUAUGAACGGUUAUACGUACGUAGUUUGAAGGUCCUUCCAUGGCGGCAGUUACCGAUUCGUCCCACAUUUUACUCGUCUGUUGCCACGUCUGUCCACACAAGAGGUUCAGUAAUUAUUACUCUCUCGAACUCGGUGCUUCUUCUUAUCCUUCUAGGGUUUCGUUUGAUUCAUCGUCGAGAAGGCGGCAAAAGGGGUUUUUGUUGUCUGUUAGCGGACGUGAGAUUUCGGACGUUCGUGUCACUGAUAGCAGCAACAAUGUUCAUCAUACACGAUCGGCAUUUGUUGAGAUACCUGUUACCUGUUAUCAGAUUCUUGGUAUUCCUGAUAAAUCAGAGAAAGAUGAGAUUGUCAAGUCCAUGAACCAUCUAAAAUUUGCUGAGAUUGAAGAAGGGUACACCAUGGAUACUGUUGUUUCACGCCAGAAUCUUUUAAUGGAUGUACGUGAUAAGCUUCUUUUUGAAGCAGACUAUGCUGGUAAUGUAAGGGCAAAGGUCCCACCAAAGUCAUCUCUUCAAAUUCCAUGGUCCUGGUUGCCUAGUGCGCUUUGCCUACUUCAAGAGGUCGGAGAAGAGAAGCUUGCUCUAGAUAUUGGGCGAACAGCACUGCAGCACCCUGAUUCUAAGCCUUUUGUUCAUGAUUUGCUCUUAUCAAUGGCUCUUGCAGAGUGUGCUAUAGCGAAAGCAAACUUUGAGAAGAACAAGAUUUCCCAAGGAUUUGAAGCUUUAGCUCGUGCUCAGAGUCUUCUUAAGAGCAAACCUUCACUUGAGAAGAUGACAUUGUUAUCUCAGAUCGAAGAAUCUUUGGAAGAGCUUGCCCCUGCCUGCACGCUAGAGUUGUUAGGCAUGCCUCAUACACCAGAAAAUGCUGAGAGGAGAGUAGGAGCAAUUGCAGCUCUGCGUGAACUGCUUAGACAAGGCCUAGAUGUGGAAACUUCAUGUCAAGUAGAAGAUUGGCCAUGCUUCUUGAAUCAAGCUUUAAAUAAGCUCACAGCUGCAGAAAUAGUUGAGCUUCUUAACUGGGAUAGUCUAGCUAAUACACGGAAGAACAAGAAGUCACUCGAGUCGCAGAAUCAAAGAAUAGUUGUUGACGCAAGCUGUCUCUAUGUUGUAAUGAUGGCUCAUAUGGCCCUUGGUUUUUCAAGCAAGCAAAUCGAGAUGAUUAAGAAAGCAAAGACUAUUUGCGAGUGUUUAUUAGCAUCAGAAGGCAUUGAUUUGAGACUUGAAGAGGCCUUCUGUUUGUUCCUUCUUGGACAGGGUGAUGAAGCUGUGGUUGUUGAAAGGCUACGGCAGGUCGAAUCAAAUUCAAAUUUAACUUCAAGAACGUUGAUAUCGGGGAAGGACAUCAAGGAUGCUUCAAAUGCAAAGAAGAUGCUUGAAUCAUGGCUAAAUGAUGCAUUACUUGGUUUGUUUCCCGACACAAGAGAUUGCUCUCCAUCUUUGGAUAACUUUUUUGGAGGUGAAAAAAGGGUUUCUGAAAACAAGCAUAGAAAAAGAGCGCAGACAUCAGCUAGUCUUGGCCACAGGUCACUUUCCACUGCUUUUUCAUCUGACCGACGAACUCUUGACGAUCAUACAUCUACUUCUCCACGCCUUGAGCCAGCUGUGAAGCAGUUGACUCCAUCUGAUUUGCACGUCCCACUAACAGCAAGCAGUGUUAAAGCUGAAAGCUAUCCAGCCGUUCAAUUGAAGCGAAAUUUGGGUGUACACUAUAAUAAAGUUUGGGAAGUUUGGUUGGAUCCGAAUAGUGCAGUUCGGUAUACGAGCUUAGCGACCGUAAUGCUGUGCUUAUUGUUUGCUACUUUUAAGCUGAUGGGUGUACGGUUUUGGGGAACGAGGAGGUCAUCUAGCUGGGUCCAGGGUGAGCCAAGGAUGAACACGGGUUCUCUUUCUUUUGCAACGGAGUCUUCUUAUGGUCUUUGGGGAUCUGCUUGUAAUAAGGGGAGUCUUAUUGCCGACAGGCUAUCCAAGAUGUUGUCAAUGCAAAAUAAAAGGCUUAAUAGUGGACUUGAUGUUGGAGGUCUACAAGAUUCGAGCAUUGCUGCGAGUUCAAUUUCCUCCGCAACGGUAUGUAGGAGAUCGAUGCAUGUCGACGAAGCUGAAACUCUUGUUAAACAAUGGCAGACUAUUAAAGCCGAAGCUCUCGGACCUAAUUAUAAAGUUCAUAACCUUGUGAAUGUUCUUGAUGAGUCGAUGCUUCGGCAGUGGAAGGCAUUAGCUGAAACAGCAAAAGACAGAUGCUGCUUUUGGAGAUUUGUUUUGCUACAAUUGUCUAUUCUUCGAGCCGACAUUUUGUCAGAUGGAAUGGGCAAGGAAAUGGCGGAAAUAGAGGCUCUUGUUGAGGAAGCAGCUGAACUUGUGGAUGCAUCUCAUCAGAAGAACCCAAAUUAUUACAGUACCUACACCAUUCGUUAUUUGCUGAAGAGGCAAGACGAUGGAUCAUGGAGAUUCUGUGAAAGUGAUAUCCAAACCCCAUCGUGAUCAUUGUUUGGAACUCCAAGAAGGUAUACAUCUAUUCUAUCUAACACUAUGCCCAUUCGUUUUUCCAACUUAGGUUCAUCGUUGUAGGGAGUGACAGUGAUUAGACGGCCUCCUGAUCUAAGGGGGAAGGAGUCGUCGAUUUAUAACAGGACCAUUUGAUUUCUAAUCAUUUAUUGUAUUUUUUUCAUCAUUUAUUUCUGAUCUAGUCGAACAUGUUUGUGGGUUUGGCUGUUUCAAAAGUGUAUAAAAGGUGAUUUUUUUCUUCUU